CCGUACCAGCUGACACUCAGGUCAGAGACCGGGCAGCCUGCGGAGGGACUCCUCGUAUCAGAAAGCGAGGAAAAGUUUUGACAAGCGGACCUGCGGGCGUAUUUCUGGCGACGGUAGCUCAGCUCACGUCUAGCCUGUGUGGAUUGCUUCCCUCCGCGGGUGAGAGGCUGUACGAUCCUCGGCAGUGUUCUGAGACCCUACGGCCCCGAACCCCCUCCAUCACCCCCCAGCCUGGAUUCACGGACCAAACCGAGCGGUUCUCUGCUUCAUGGCAUGAUCCGGCACCUGGCUCCUUCUGACCUGCGCACUUGGGUCUAAAACCGGCACUUAUUAUUAAUAUUUUAUUUUAUUUUUUGCAUUUUUCACAAAAAACAAACUUCUGUUGACUCAAAAGUUGGACUUAACUCAGAUGGUCGGAGUUGCAACACUUCAACUAAGAUUAACUGAAAACAUGACGGCCGAUAAGGAGAAAAAGAGGAGCAGUUCAGAGCGGCGUAAGGAGAAGUCACGGGAUGCAGCGCGCUGUCGACGCAGCAAAGAGACGGAGGUGUUCUACGAGCUGGCGCACCAGCUGCCUCUGGCCCACAGCGUCAGCGGCCACCUGGACAAGGCCUCCAUCAUGAGGCUCGCCAUCAGCUUCCUGCGCACACACAAGCUGCUCGCAACAAGCUGUGGCAGCUGCAACGGCGGAGAGGAUGGACUCAUGGACAAUCUGUACCUGAAGUCUCUGGAGGGCUUCAUCACCGUGGUAACAGCGGACGGCGACAUGAUCUUCCUGUCUGAGAACAUCAACAAAUUCAUGGGCCUAACGCAGGUGGAGCUCACAGGUCACAGCAUCUUUGACUUUACCCACCCAUGUGACCAUGAGGACAUCAGAGAAAACCUCAGCCUGAAGUCAGCAGGGAGCUUCCGUAAAAAAGGCAAAGAACUGAGCACAGAGCGAGACUUCUUCAUGAGGAUGAAAUGCACUGUGACCAACAGAGGACGCACUGUCAACCUCAAGUCAGCAAGCUGGAAGGUGCUCCACUGCACCGGCCACCUGAAGAUCUACGACGGCUGCCCGUCACGGGUUCUCUGUGGAUAUAAGGAGCCUCCGCUCACCUGCGCGAUCCUGAUGUGCGAACCCAUCCCGCACCCAUCCAACAUCGACGCACCGCUGGACAGCAGGACUUUCCUGAGCCGACACAGCAUGGACAUGAAGUUCACCUACUGUGACGACAAGGUGACAGAGUUAAUAGGGUACACCCCCGAGGACCUGCUGGGUCGAUCAGUCUACGAGUUCUACCACGCCCUGGACUCAGACAGCGUCACCAAGAGCCAUCACAACUUGUGCACCAAGGGUCAGGCAGUGAGCAGCAAGUAUCGCAUGCUGUCGAAGAACGGAGGCUACGUCUGGGUGGAGACUCAGGGAACCGUGAUUUACAACAGCCGCAACUCUCAGCCACAGUGCAUUGUGUGCAUCAACUACGUGCUGAGUGAUGUGGAGGAGAAGUCAGUGAUUUUCUCCUUGGAACAGACGGAGGCGCUGUUCAAGCCGCCACACAUGAGCACCUUCUUCACAGCUGAAGGAGCAGGCAUGACUACAGCUUCUCUCUUCACCACGUUCAAGGAAGAGCCAGACGACUUGGCUCAGCUGGCUCCAACACAUGGAGACACCAUCAUUUCCCUCGACUUUGGUCACCCUGAGUUUGAGGAGUCCCAGCAGCCAGCACCAUUCACCCCGGUGUCUUCUUCAUCAAUGCCCCCUCCUGGACCUUCAUCUUGGACAAGCGAGAACCAAAAGCCAGCUCCUGCUGCUACAGCCCAGACCCCAGCUUCAGUGUCAGGGGACAUACCUAACAGAGCCAGUGCCUUCAGCGUGCAGCAGAAACCUCCGCCAGGCAGCGCCACACCAAGCCUCAGCAGCUGCUCCACGCCCAGCAGCCCAGGUGAUUACUACAGCUCAGUGGAGAGUGACCUGAGGUUAGAGCUUACUGAGAAGCUGUUUGCUCUGGAGACCGAGGGAAAUGACAGCUCUGCACACAGAGAGGAGGACUUGAGUGACUUGGAUUUGGAGACUUUGGCUCCUUACAUCCCGAUGGAUGGAGAAGACUUCCAGCUGAAUCCAAUCAUUCUAGAGUCAGAUCCCAUGGAGGGGGCUCAAGCAGGAUCCAUGGGGAGCAUCAGCAGCCUAAACAGCCAUCAGAACUGCAACAAUGUCGCCAGCCUCUUCCAGCCUCUGGCCCCUCCUCUUCAGCCUCACAAUUGCUAUCAACCACAACCACAAGCGUCCUGGGCCACUGGUGAGAGGAGAGGCUCCAACCCGGACUCUGUGGACUCUCGACAGAGGUCAUGCAUGAUGAGCCCUAUACAGAAUCACUCUUUCCGAGGCCCAGCCAGCACACCUCUGUCUUCCAUGCAGUGGCCUCCAGACCCAAUAAUAACCUACCAACAACACCGGGCGCCAAAGGCCUGUCUGAUGGACAGUCUGUCAGGCGAAGAGCGCCCAUCAUGCCAGCAGAACAUAUCACAUCUAAUGCACAAACAGAGGUCCCUUGACAAUUUUGUGCAAGCCUACAAAGAUGUGAAUCCCACAAGAGUGGCCAUGAAUAACAGCAUCAAGCGUUCCUUCAACCAGAUGGCUCUGGGCGAAAGGAAACUGACAGACAUCAUAUGGAAGAAGAUGAGAGGUGAUGGAUGCAUGGAUCGCUCCCUUAGCGCAGGAUCACUCACAGAGACGAGAUUGAUGGGGCGGAUGAUUCCAGGCAACGGACCCCUGUUUCCCAGCUCACUACAACACAGGACAUCUCAGUAUCCAGUGGAGGGGAUAAGGGGCCCAAAUGAAAAACCCUUUUCCAGACAAAGCUGCAGCUACACAGUGUGUAACCUGUUGCCUUCUAACAAGACAGAAGGCAUAGCGAGUUGGUUACUGGGCCCUUCAUUUGAGCCUUCCUGCUUGCCAGAGCUGACCCGUUAUGACUGUGAGGUCAACGUCCCGCUGCAGGGCAACCUCCACCUCCUCCAGGGCUGUGACCUGCUGCAAGCCCUGGACCAGAGCACCUAAAGCCCCCCUCCUCCCUCCCCCGAUUCAAACCCCAUUAUAAGCCUGGACUUUAGGCCUGGGCCUCAGCCUACAGCCCGUGACUAAGUCUUUUUUUUUGCCUUUGUACCUCUGAGCCGUCUGAGAGCCCCGAGACUAGGCUACUUGUAGAGCACAGUAUUCUUGGCCCCAUCCUGUCUUACUCAUCCCCUUCUUCCCGUCCUGCCUGUAGUUUUCAGCAUAAACUAAAUAUGCAGUAUGAUACCAGGCUCAAGCUACAUUCACCCUUUUUUACCCCCAAAUUCUGCAGCUUAAAUCAGAUGCAAGCUGAGUGAAAGAGUGACCCUGCUUGAGAAGACCAACCUACACCGUAUGAGAUUAAAUGGGUCACUGGGGGGAGAAAAAAAGGUCAAUGCUGGGUAUUUAACAGAUUAUAUAAUGUUACUCUCACUUGUGUUGUGUAUGAAAGAGUUCUGACGGCAUGUUGGGAAUUACAGAUUGGGUUGCAUAUAAAAAGGCUCUGCCAAAGCAUUUCCAGCUGCACAGCCCGACUAGCAGCUUACUCCCACUGAAGCUGUGCGGUCUUUGCAGCUUCAGUCUCAGCCCUGCCUUCUCUCCAUCACCUGAACCAUGUAGCUUUGAGGAGAAUAUGUACUACCUACACAUUAGUAGAGACACUGUGCUCUUACUUUUUUUUUUGUUGACCAACUUGAGCCUUUUUCUACAUGCAAACAGACACUCAUUAUCUUGCUUCUUCUUGCCUGAAUCUGUUCGAGCAGUCACUGUAACACGAACUGGUCACAGCCUUAAAUCUCAAUAAAAUCUAUUUUAUAUUUUUACUUUAGUCUUCAUCAGUCUGUACUGACACAAUUCCUUCUACUUGUAUUAACCAAAUUGAUUAUCCUAAUUCAAUUGAUGCAACACUGUAUUAAGACUGCCUUCUUGUGGAUUUUCUGUUCUUACUCAGCCAGCUAGAUUCUUAUUUAUGUAUUUCUUUCACAUAUCAGUAUAACACAUACAUGUACUCCUGUGUAAGUUAAAUAUUAUACAUUUUAUCUUAAAUCUGAUUAUUUUGAAUGUGUCUGUGUUAAUAUAGAGUAACAUCUUGUGUGGCGACAGGGUAUUUUUCUUAUUGUGCUGUUUAUUCACCAAACUUACAGCUUGCACAGAAGAAUUUGACUUGCACGUGCUCAUAUGGGACAGAAAAGCAUAAAAAGAAGUGGUGUGCACAGAUGACCAGGGGAGAGAAUUCAAAAUGGGUGCUGGUUGUGCGUACAUACAGAUAUGUGAUUAUAUUUAAUGGUUUAAGUAAAGAAAUUCAUAUGAUUUCAGAGUCAUUAAAGAUUUUCUGCAGUUACAAACAGCUAUUAGCAGAGAUGCAUCGAACAGAGAUUUGUUCCCGAUUACCAUUGUCUAAUUUUUUUAUGCUUUGACCUGGCGACACUGAUUAGGUAGCAGAAGCAAUAUCACAAAACCAAGUUUUACUUUAUUAAAUCUAAGACAAAAUGAUGAAGCUGCCUCUGGCAUCUUGUAUUAGCGAUUAGCACAGCUAGAUUUACUAAAACAUCAGUCCCCGAGUAUAUUGGCUCAGGUUUUCCAAAAAGGCUGGCAAAAGUUUCUAAUCCACCAUGUACCUUUACAGACAGAGGUUGAACGUUCAAAAGAAUAAAGCAGAACUUCUUUCUGUUAUCUGCUGAAAUUGCCACCAGGUUUUUUCCUGAAAAGACCCGAAGCUGCUAAAUUCGGGCGCUCUGUUGUAGCAGCUAAAAUGAACAGUCGACAUGCUUCUGUAGAAAAUACAGUUUUCUCUCAAGGAGCUUCUUACAUCACUGCGCUUCCUCUGACUCUGUUUUUGAGCACUUCACCGAUAAUGAAAAUAGCUAACUUUAUUUAGUAACAACUUUUACAGCGGUUGCAGGGGUUAGCGCUAACUGUUAUCCCAAUGGUAUGCUUACUGAUCUCAUAAAGACCCUUUUGUUCUUUUUCCAGCUAGCUGUUCACCAGUCGGUGUCGAUCAAGCUAAGAAUGUUUAAUACCUGGUCAUCAGCUGAUUUCUUGGUGCAUCUCUUGCUAUUAGUUUUCAUUUUAAGACUGACCUAAUUGAAUACUUCUAAAUUACUUGACUGAAAAAACCUGCAGAUAAUCAUCAUUUUAACCCAAAAAUUUAAAAGAAUUUUAAAUUUAAAAAAUAUGAAAGAUUAGUUUCAGGUAAAUGUAGUUUUUGGGGGUUUUUUGUUGCUUUUUUAGCUUUAAAAUGUUACAUAAACUGGCCUAUUAUCACAGCUUGAUGCUUUGUUUUUCAUUAGGUUUAGUCCAAAAGCCAAAGAUUUACUUUACAACCGCAUAGCAGAGAGAGACAUGAAAGAAGUACUAGAGAUGCAGUAUUUUGCGCAAGUUUUUGUUGCACAAUCAAAAGUGAAAUGAAUUGAAAUCAUGACCUGGAAUGAAAGAAAAGGCAGUUUGCAGCAAUGGAAAGGGUAUAAAUGAAAGGAACGUGAGACUGGAAGCGAAUUUAAGGGUAUUUCCGACAAUCACGGGUAACUCAGGUUAAUCAGAGGGCGUUUGGAGGGAUUAAAAGGGCAUUUUGGCCAAUCAAGAGGGCACUUUAACCAUGUAGACACAUUAGAGGGUUUUAUGGGUUUGGUAGUGACUAAGAAAGCAGCUACUUGUGUAAGUCUUGUAACCUUAGUUGGCCCUUUAGAGCACGAAGGUCAGCCCCAUGACUCCUGUGCUCACCAUUGCACAUACCAGACACAGGAAGAUCAGGCGACAGCAGAAAGUCACAGAUUUUUCACUCUGAAUGGAAGUUUGUAAAAAGCAGAGACCACAGUCUCUGUGAAAGCAAAGUUUAGAUAUUUUACAGUUAUUGGACAAGGCCAGUUUAUUUUUUCUCACACCAGAGUGGCUGCCAACACCAGAGAGCUUUGUUACAGAAUAUUAUUAGCUAGAAAUUAGUUUUCACCCCAGUGAUGUCAUUAUGCCUUAAGUGAAAGAUGAUUCUCACCUUUUUCAUGUAUUUUUCUUCAUCUUACUGUCCAUUCCGAGGUUAAUGUCUUUGUGUGGUGACCACUUUUAAACUAUAGAUCUUUGUACACACACACGUUAUGUAUUCAAAAACAGAAAACAGAACUGAUGUUGAACAUAGUGUUUUUAGCGUUUAAUGUGUCCUGGUACUUACCCUCAGACACCCCUCCUUCCAUAGAUGCUGUUUAGGUAAGAACUUUUGCUGUGCCGUUUCCUCUCGUCCUGUUUUCGUGUCGUGGUAUUGGUCCCCCCCCUCCAUUUUCUUUUUUAUCUUUUACGCUAAAAUAUAUGUUGAAUCUGUUGGCUGGCCAGUACUGUUGAUGUUCAUACUUUUACAUGAAAAAAGAAAGAUCAGAGUAAAAAAAGUAAACAUGAGUUUUCUAAGUUUCACUUUACAGAUAUGUAGCAUCUUAAUUAUUGUAAGGAAGGUGAAGUUGCCGCAUAAUCGCAUAGUUUUCAAGUUGCAUAUAUAAAAGCAAUUGGGCUUCAUAGACCAUGUAUGUGUCAUUUUUAGAACUUUUAUUAUAUGUCUUGGAUCCACUAACACUGUAUUUUUUUGAUGUUCUCUGCUUUAUGUUUUUUUUUUUUUUUUUUUU